UUUUUUUUUUCAACUUUGUUUAGCUUUAUCCACCCCACUGUAACCUCAGCAGCCCCAGCUAUCACACACAGUGGCCGUCGAUGGCGAAGCAGGAGGGCGAGUGGAAUCAAGUCCGGCGGAAGGGCGGCCGGUUACGACACAUCCCCUCCCCGGCGGACGGUCUCGCAGAUUCCGUGCUCCCCGACGGCAUCCGGCCAAACCCAACCCCGGAGCUCUCCAUCGACGACCUGUGGCGAUAUCACCAGACGGUGAGCCAAGACGGCGAGAUGGCAGAGUGGUGGCAGCACGUGCGAGGGGUUCUCGACGACGCUUCGAACAGUACGAACCCUCCAGUCGUCAUCACCACUGCCGUCUGCUUAGGGCCCGGCCCUUACGAGCCAAGCAACGGUAGCUCCAAAGCCAGACGGACCGCUCACAUGCAGACGGCCGCCUUCUGCGCUAUUAUCGACUACUUGAGAUCUCGGAGUGGCCACCAGGACAUCCGGUGUGUGGUGCAGGAGCCGCGGUUCACCGAGGUAGACAAGGCGUUCUGCGCCCGUCUCGGACUCGAGGUCCUAGAGAGCCCGGACGCCUUCGCGCUUGUGGACGAGAAGACGCUGCUGUUUGGCAUUCACCUGGAGCUUGAGAUCUACAACCGGGCCCUGGCGGCCACGCUUCCGGGCAUAUACGUUGGCGUUCCGCUGGAACAGUGGGAGAUGGUCGUCAAGCACGACGCGGGCAGCGAAGGCACUGGAUGUACUACCUUGGCGGCGUUUGCUAAGAUGGAGGCCGGAUAUGCCAAGUAUGCUUUCCCUGACGUAGACUACAUGUUCUCGAGCACUGUCAUGUACUGGAGAGGGGAGCAUACUUGAGAGAGCAGAGUUUGGUAAUGUCAUGCAAGGCUUUGCCACACGAUGGCACGUACACGAUG